ACUUCGGGACUAUCGGCCCCCCUCCUCCUCCUGCUCCUUCUCUUCCUCCCCCCCAGGGGUGAAAGUGCAAGAGGAAGUACAGCCGCUGCCAUCUUUCCUUCUCUCCAAACACACCGAGCGAGGGAGGGGGACAGGCGGACCGAGCGCGCCGGCGGCCCCCGGAAACUUCCCAGCCCCGACGGCGAAGAAAAGGCCGCUGCCGCCGCCGCCGCCUCUUCUAGCAGCAGGAGGAGCGGCUUCCUCCGCGGCGGCCCCUCUGCAGCGCCUCGUGGCGGCCGCGAAGCAGCUCGCCCGGAGAGGGGGGAGGAGGAGGAGAAGCCGCCCGGAGGGGUCUCCUCGGCCGCCGCUUCGCUUCUGCAGUGCCUGGCCCGUCCUGCGCGCGCGCCCCGCUCCCUCUCUCUCCCCCUCCCUCCGCCUUUUGUUCCUGCCUCGCCCCCCAACAACCCUCUCUCUUCCUUUCCUUCCUUGCAUUGGUGGCGCAAGCCCCCGCGCGCGUCUCCUCCGCUAGGCGCGAUCGUGCCCAGCGCCGUCGGGGCCCCGGGAUUUUCUGGAAGGCGCGAGGCGGAGCGCGUGCGCCAUUCCCUUCCCAGCCCCCUCCCUUUUUUCUCCUUUUUUGCAUUCCGCCCAUCUCCUCCUCCUCCCUUGGCGGGCGCGCGCCCUCGACGGGAGCGCCGAGGAAGAAGAGCUCCUCCUGCCGGCCGCGCCCGGCGCAAGCAGGCCGGCCGGUAAGUCGAGAAGUCUCCGCUGCCCCGAUGGAGCGGCUGAACGAGGCCAACGCCGCCGCCAGUGGCAAUCCCUGCGGCCCGUCCCCGCCGGGCUGCUACACGUACCAGGUGAGCCGGCACAGCGCCGACCUGCUGCACAGCCUAAACCAGCAGCGCAAGAGCGGCGGGCGCUUCUGCGACGUGCUGCUCCGCGUGGGCGACGAGAGCUUCCCCGCGCACCGGGCGGUGCUGGCGGCCUGCAGCGAGUACUUCGAGUCGGUCUUCAGCGCGCAAGGGCUGAGCGGCGGCGGGAUCGAGGGCGCCGGAGGAGGGGGCGCGGGGGCGCCGGACGGGGGCGCUGCUGAGGCGGCUGGGGCAGCCGCGGGCGCCGGAGGGGGCGGCCCCGGCGGAGUGGGCAGGGAGCUGGAGAUGCACACCAUCAGCUCCAAGGUCUUUGGGGACAUCCUGGACUUUGCCUACACCUCUCGCAUCGUGGUGCGCCUGGAGAGCUUCCCUGAGCUGAUGACGGCUGCCAAGUUCCUCCUCAUGCGCUCCGUCAUUGACAUCUGCCAGGAGGUCAUCAAGCAGUCCAACGUGCAGAUCUUGGUGCCCCCGGCCACUCGCCCCGACAUCAUGCUUUUCCGCCCUGGCACGGGCACCACCGACCUCGGCUUUCCGCUGGACAUGACCAAUGGCACCGGACUGGCGCCCAAUGGCAACGGGAUUGCCGGCAUGCCUGAAGACGAGGCCACACGGGCUGCGCUUUCUGUGGCCGCCCAGUCCUCCUUGCCCAUCUUGCAAGGGGUGGACCGCCUCCCCAUGGUAGCCGGUCCGCUGUCACCGCCGCUGCUGGCUUCGCCCUUUCAGAACGUCGGUACUGCCACCCCUUCGCUAAGCAGCAAGCGGGGUAGGGGCCGACCCCGCAAAGCCAACCUUUUGGACUCCAUGAUGUUCAGCGCUCCAGGAGGGCUGCGGGAUGCUGGGAUCUUGCCUUGUGGCCUGUGCGGGAAGGUGUUCACUGACGCCAACCGCCUUCGGCAGCAUGAAGCCCAGCAUGGCGUGACCAGCUUGCAGUUGGGGUACAUAGACCUCCCGCCACCCAGGCUUGGGGACAACGGGGUGCCGGGCCUAGACGACACUGCAGCCCCCCGCAAGAGGAGCCGGACGAGGAAGCAGGUGGCUUGUGAGAUCUGCGGGAAGAUUUUCCGGGAUGUUUACCACCUGAACCGGCACAAGCUGUCGCAUUCUGGCGAGAAGCCCUACUCGUGCCCGGUGUGCGGGCUCCGGUUCAAGCGGAAAGACAGGAUGUCCUACCAUGUUCGCUCCCACGAUGGGUCUGUGGGGAAGCCGUACAUUUGCCAGAGCUGCGGAAAAGGUUUCUCUAGGCCUGACCACUUGAAUGGGCACAUCAAACAGGUGCACACGUCAGAGAGACCUCACAAAUGUCAGCAGGAAAUUGGCACCCUCCAUGGAAUAAGCUCAGAGACAUCUACCUCCAUAGAGCAGUUGAAACUUCAAGAGACUUGCAACGCUUCCUUUGCCACCCGGGACCGGCUGCGUUCGCACCUGGCGUGCCAUGAGGACAAAGUUCCGUGCCAGGUCUGCGGGAAGUACUUGCGGGCAGCGUACAUGGCCGACCACUUGAAGAAACACAGCGAAGGGCCAAGCAACUUCUGCACCAUCUGCAACAGAGGUUUCUCCUCUGCCUCCUACUUAAAGGUCCAUGUUAAAACCCACCACGGUGUUCCCCUUCCCCAGGUCUCCAGACACCCGGAGCCCAUCCCGAAUGGGGGAGCAGCGUUCCACAGCGUCAGGACCUCUGGCAUCAAAGGCCAGAAAUGCUCACAUUCGGAUCAGAUUGAGAGUUCGGAUUCCUACGGAGACCUCUCCGAUGCCAGCGACCUCAAGACCCCCGAGAAACAAAACGCCAACGGCUCCUUCUCCUGCGACAUGGUGGUCGCCAAAAGUAAAUUGGAGUCAGAGGGAGACAAGAAGUACCCCUGUCCCGAAUGCGGCAGCUUUUUCAGAUCCAAGUCCUAUCUCAACAAACACAUACAGAAAGUUCACGUCCGCUCUUUGGGGGCUCCAUUAGGGGACCUGGGCCCCACACUGGGGUCCCCCUUUUCCCCCCAACAGAACAUGUCUCUCCUGGAAUCGUUUGGGUUUCAGAUUGUUCAGUCUGCCUUUGCGUCCUCUCUUGUGGAUCCCGAGGUCGACCCACAGCCAAUGGGCCCGGAUGGAAAAUGAGGCCAGCUUCCACCUUAACAUAGCAGCCGUCUGCUUUUUUCAUGUGUGACUCUAAGAUGGCUGUUGAUGAUGUGGGGGGAGCAUCUAAAUCCAGUUUUGUAGUGGGGAGGUUUUUGUUUUAGGUUCCCUUCCUUCCCCCGUUCUCCUCUCCCGCUCAGUCUCCCCGGGCAGAGCGUGCGCGUUGGCCAGCCGGCAAUCAGGAGGGUAUCAUCUGCCCGAUGGUGCACGGAUCACCCUGAGUAUCCAGGAGGUCUGUGGGUGUCCCAGCUUGGAACCCCACGACAGAAACAAAUGCAACAAAGGCUGGUUUGGGAAUUUUAAGGAACUCUAGUUGAUUUGGCAGAGAACUAGAUGUCUCCGUUUCUGUUUUGUUUUUCUCCUUUUUCUGUCGGUCUUUUCUCCUUUUCUCUCUCUGCCUCAUGACCCUUUCCUAAGAUUCGCAUAUGAGCACACCCUGUGCUGUCUCGUAGAUAGAGGUGCCGUCGUUUCUUUAGGAAAAGAAGAAAACACCCACCAGAAACCAACUGGAAGUUUUUGUGCUUAACGAAGUUAGAAUGCUCUGUAAGGGGUGAGGUGUGAAGGGAGGUAUGGCCCACCAGAUUCAAACCAGCUCUGGGGUGCAGUCAAGCAGCAAAGUUCUCCUGCGGGCGCUUCAUGAAAGUGGCAACGGGGGGGGGGUUACCCAGGAGCAAAUCUCCUGCUCAUUCCGUUGGGGCUUCUGCAGGAGAAUCUUUACUCAGUUGUGCUGCUAGUUUUUCUGACUUGCUCUGGGUUCUCUCUCUUUUAUUAUGAUUAUGAUUAUUACAUUUAUGAUUUUAGGACCUGUUGUAGUGAUUUGCUACUGAGAAGCCCUUCUGAGGCAAUUAUACAGAGAGCUCUUAAAGCAGCUGUCAUGUUAGGGUUAGUAUUUUUUUUUAGAUGUAUCAUAAUUAAUAAUAAACUUGGCUAGUUGAUUGUUUUUAAGUCUAUGGGAUAAUAUAGUUAUGCAAAAUGGAAGAAAGGGGGAGGUUAAAAAAGCUAAAAGGUUUAAAAAAAGGAAGGAAAGGCCACAAAAGGAUACCCUCAGUUGGUUGAUGCAUAAAGACCCCAAACGAUGAAAUUGAUCAGCAAAACGAUUAAUUUUUCUGUACUACCAACCUGUUUAGUGAAAUAAAUAAUAGAGUUCAGACUGAUUUUUUAAAAAAAGAAAAUAAUAAUUGGAUUGGACUGCAUUAAAGAAGUUAGAAUGGUUACUUUACA